AUGCCGAGUCAGGGUCCCGCACUACGCACUAUGGCCGAGUCGGGUCAGGAAGGAGAGCUUCAGAUGCCUACAGAAUUCUCAAGUGGCGAUGGAUUUACCGGCACCAUUAACAAUAUAGGUAUGCAUGUUGUGCAAGCCAUUCGGCAGAAAAUUAUUGAGGGUCAGUACAUUGAUUUAGUCUCUCUGUUGCCACCAAAAGCUGGGGGGGAGAGAGAGAAAAAACUCGUCAUGAAUAACCUCGGGGAAAUAGUAACUAAGGACUCAACACCUAAACGUAUAGAGUCUAUAGAAAAAUGGACAGAUGUCAUGUUGAUUUUUGCAGCAAUCUACUUGCAGGCACACCCGGCUAAAACCAUUGACCUCCUUAAGUACAUUCAAACAGUAAGAAUGGGGGCUGGUAGGGGUUAUAAGUGGUGGUAUGAGUAUGAUAUUCAGUACCGCCUUCGCAAGGCCAAUAACCCCGGUAGCUCUUGGGGGGAGAUCGACGCGGAACUCUGGCUUAUGUAUAUGACCCCAUCUUCUGUGGAAACUCAUACUCUGAGUCUGAAACAAGCCCCGGCAGCCUCAGGGAAAUGUUAUGAUUUCAACUUCAAAGGAUCUUGUAGCAAAUUUCCUUGUUUUUAUGAUCAUAUGUGCUUGCGAUGUAAUGGGCAGCAUGCCAUGAUGCACUGUCCAGGGGUUCAUCAACCGCAAGCAAAUGGACACAAGUCCCUCAACAAUUUUCGCUUCCCGGGGAAAUAUCAGUUUUCGGCGUCAAAUUCAGCACCCACUUUCAGAGGGCAACAAAAUCAAUCAUUCACUUAUAGAGGGCCGAAUAUUUCUUCGCGCCCAAGAAAUCGAUUUCAAAACCAACAAAAUUUGGGAUUUAGGCAAAACGCCAAUUAGAGUUUCAGUUUUAAAGAAA